GUUACCUUCCCUGGUUCUUCCUAUUGCCGUCGUAGCCAUGGCGGCCAUGAGUUUACUGCAGCGGGCUUCGGUCACUGCGGUGGCCGCUCUGACUGGCCGCCGCCUUGGCACUCGCCUUGGAUUAGGGGGCUUCCUCAUGCGAGGCUUUCCGAAGACUGUCGCUCCUGUGCGACACAGUGGAGACCAUGGGAAAAGACUGUUUGUCAUCAAACCUUCUGGAUUCUAUGACAAACGUUUUUUGAAUUUACUGAAAUUCUACAUUUUGUUGACUGGAGUUCCAAUAGCAAUUGGCAUAACUCUGGUGAAUGUAUUCAUUGGUGAAGCUGAGUUAGCAGAAAUUCCAGAAGGCUAUAUCCCAGAACACUGGGAAUAUUUCAAGCAUCCUAUAUCAAGAUGGAUUGCUCGAACUUUCUAUGACAGUCCUGAAAAGAAUUAUGAAAGAACAAUGGCUAUUCUUCAAAUUGAAGCUGAAAAGGCUGAAUUACGCUUAAAGGAGUUGGAAGUACGAAGAUUAAUGCGUGUGAGAGGUGAUGGUCCCUGGUAUCACUAUCCAACCAUUGAUAAGGAACUUAUUGAUUAUUCUCCAAAAGCAAGUCCUGACAACUAAUCUUUUAUUUCUCUAAAUACAAAGUAUAGAAUUAAUAAAUAUAUUCUGUAUUUUUGCUCAGUGUGAUAAAUAAAAGAUCCUCUUUCGUUGCUCCGUUUCUCAAAGUUGAUUCAGAUUAAGGCUUUUUUUGUGUGUGAUUUUAAUUUUUUUUAGCUUUAUGAGGUAUAAUUGACAAAAUUGUAAGAUAUGUAAAGUGUACAUCAUGAUGAUUUGAUAUAUGUGUACAUUGUGAAAGGCAGAUUAAGGUUUUUGAUUUGGGGGUUUCAGCUUCCUCUUUUAAGAAGGUUUAAAAUGUAAAAAAACCUCAGAGAAAUACAAAUUUGUGAACUCCUUAAAGAAGUUCUUUUGAAAGGUUAAUGUUUUAUUUGUCUGAUAAAUGGAAGUUAGGGAAGUCUAUGUUAAGUAUCAGGAAAUAAAGCAGUUUAUAUACAUGUCCGUAUUGUAGACAUCUGGAUUAUUCAGGGUCAACCCAGAAUUGUAAAUUAUACAAAUACUGAACCAAUUAUUUAAAAUAUUAACACCUUAAUAAACAAUUUUUCAGUGAACAAA